UCGGCAGAAGGCCCCAGCCGAGGGUUCAAAGGAGCCCUGAGGACCCGCCGGCCGCAGCUGCGAACGGGGAGCGACGACCGGGGGAGGCAUGCUGCCCUCCCUGCCCACGCUGACGGUGCUCGUUCCCCUCCUGUCCCUAGCUGGCUUAUUUUACUCGGCCAGCGUAGAUGAAAACUUCCCACAGGGCUGCACCAGCACAAACAGCUUAUGUUUCUACAGCCUUCUCCUUCCCAUCACAAUACCGGUUUAUGUGUUCUUCCACCUAUGGACCUGGAUGGGGAUCAAGCUUUUUAGGCACAACUAGUGUGAUGCACGUGCUAAUCCCUGGGCUUCUAUAAGAAAUGCGGUUUGUUUAAUCUCAUUAGGUAUUGCAGUUGAUUUGAGAGAGUUCCCUUCUGGCACUAGUAACUCUCAUCAUUUUCCUCAUAGUAUCUGGAACUAUACAAAGUCCUCUGCAUCAGCCUAUUAUUUAAUUACUGCUAAGAGAGAUAAAGAGGAGGAAUAACAAGUAGUCUUUCAAGAGUGUAGUGGUUUGCAGUGGCACUAAUGAAAAAUCUUUUACAAAGAAGAAUUGUACUCUGACUGAAAUAACAGAUCCUAAAUAAUAAGCAAUGGCAACAUCCAGGGAUACGAAUCUCUCUUUGAAUUACAAGCUUUGGCUUUGUUUUGAACUGAGGUGUGUACUGAAAUGCAUCUGUCUGGCUGUCAGAAGAAAGUAAAAUAAAUGUUGAUGUUUAAUAUGCUUUAAAACAA